UUCACGAUGGUCUCUUUCAUCCCUUGGUACUUUCUUUUGACUAUCAUGAUCAUUUCCCUUUUUAAUCCAAACCUUAGUUUUGCAAAGCAAUCCAAGAUAAAUGGCUUGAAAAUGAAUGUUAUUGAUCGAUGUUGGAGAUUAAAUCCAGAAUGGAGGAGGUAUCGAUCUCAAUUAGCUACAUGUUCUGUGGGCUAUGCUGGAAAAAUGACAAACAAUAUGGAUAAAGACCUUGUCCAUUAUAAAGUUACUAACCUUGGUGAUGAUCCUAUAAACCCCAAACCUGGCACCUUAAGGUAUGGAGCUUCCAUGAUUCAAGGUAAAGUAUGGAUCACAUUCCAAAGAGACAUGCACAUCAAACUUAAGAAACCCCUUCUAAUUAGUAGUUUCACUACCAUUGAUGGUCGAGGUGUUAACGUCAACAUUGCUGAUAAUGCAUGUUUAAUGAUCUUUAAGGCCACAAAUGUAAUCAUCCAUGGAAUUCGGGUUCAUCAUUGCAAACCUCAAGCCCCUGGGAUCGUGAUGGGGCCAGAAGGAAAAGUGAUUCCUUUGGGCCAUGUAGACGGGGAUGCAAUUAGAUUGGUUACUGCUUCAAAGAUUUGGAUUGAUCAUAAUACACUAUAUGAUUGUCAAGAUGGUUUACUUGAUGUAACACGAGGUUCCACUGAUGUGACUGUUUCCAAUAAUUGGUUCAAAAAUCAAGACAAGGUUAUGCUUCUUGGGCAUGAUGAUGGAUAUGUGAGAGACCAAAACAUGAAAGUUACUGUUGUCUACAACCAUUUUGGACCUAAUUGUAAUCAGCGUAUGCCAAGGAUUCGUCAUGGAUAUGCACAUGUAGCCAACAAUCUUUACCAAGGAUGGGUACAAUACGCCAUUGGUGGAAGCAUGGAACCUAGCCUCAAAAGUGAAGCUAACCUCUUUAUAGCACCGAAAACAGGGAGUAAGGAGGUGACAUGGAGAAAGGAUAGUCAUAAAAAUUGGGAUAGAUGGGAAUUUCAUUCAGUAGGGGAUGCUUUUGAAAAUGGAGCUUCAUUUACAAUAACAAAAGGAGGAAAUGUGCCAAAGCCGAAUUAUAGCAAGGAGCAAAGUUUUCAAGUUGUUGAUGUCAAAUAUGUGAGAUCAUUGACACGCUCAUCAGGCAUGUUAAAAUACAAUAAAACUUCUAUAUCACCAUAA